CUAGUCAUAGUGUUCUCUCUGCUACCACACGGCAAGUGGUACCGGAGCGCCAAGUCUAGGUCCAAGAGGCUUCUAAACAGCUUCUACCCGCAAGCCAUUAGACUCCUCAACAUCUAAUCAAAUGGCUACCCAGACUACUUGCACCACCCUUCAUGCUGAUGCUACUCUGUUAUCUAUUAUUAACUCUACCCACAUGUAUAUAAAUGACCUUGACUAACCGGUGCCCCCGCACAUUGACUCUGUACCAGUACCCACUGUAUAUAGCCCCGCUAUUGUUAUUUACUGCUGCUCUUUAAUUAUGUUGCUUUAUUUCUUAUUUUUGUAGGUAUUUUCCUUAACUGCAUUGUUGGUUAGGGGCUUGUAAAUAAGCGUUUCACUGUAAGGUCUACACCUGUUGUUUUCGGUGCAUGUGACAAAUAACAUUUGAUUUGAAUAUCCAUUGUGGUGUGUAAUGCAGCUCAGUUUUAUUUACACCAUCCCAGCUAUCUUAGAUGUAUAACUUUGCUCUGUGCUUCUCUGAGCAUGCACUUCGUAGCCUAUAGGCUAUGGAUUGUUUUAUUGUGACCAGACCAUUAAGCAAUAAGCAUCAGAAAAUGCAUCCCUCCCUACUCCAUAUCAAAGGCUUGGUUUGACAAGCUCUGUUUGCCGGAAAAUAGCUGCUGGCUAAGGAUGCUGCUAGGACACAUGCAGCAUGUACUUUUUCGCUCUUUACUUUAAUUGCCGUUUUGAUCUGGCUUUUGAAUUUAGCGUUUUUACCGUCAUCUUGGUCUUGUCUUCGCCCAAUGUUUUUCGUUCAGCUUUUUGCAGCACCGGUCUGGUGAGGUUGAAUGCCCCCUCUACUCUCGUCAAAAGCUUCUCCCGAGUGGGUAUUACUCCUACUCCCGUUGUCUGCUGCACUGAUGUUUGGAACCUACCCAUCGUUCUGUUCCCCAUCUGCCCUGAUCUGUCUCCCCUUUCUGAUCUGUGUCCUCCUCUUCAUCUGCCUCUACAUUCUGUCCUACCUCAUCCUCACUCACUUCAAGAAGAAUGCGGACUAUGUCACGGAUGACAUUGAAGAUGCGACCGCCAACAAAAUUGCGCUAUGGCUGUGUACGUUUACUCUCUCUGUGGCAGUGUGCGCUGUGCUGCUCCUCCCCAUCUCCAUCCUGUCCAAUGAGGUGCUGCUCAUCUUCCCUCACAGCUACUACAUGCAGUGGCUCAAUGGAUCUCUCAUUCACGGCUUAUGGAACCUAGUGUUCCUGUUCUCCAACCUGUCCCUGGUCUUCCUCAUGCCCUUCGCCUACUUCUUCACCGAGUCGGAGGGCUUUGUGGGCUGUAAGAAAGGGGUGAUGGCGCGGGUGUAUGAGACGGCGGUGGUGCUACUGCUGCUCACUCUGCUAGUGCUGGGCAUGGUGUGGGUGUUUGUGGCCCUACUUAACAACCACAGCGCCAGGGAGAGUCUCUACGACAUGUGGGAGUACUAUCUUCCUUACCUCUACUCUGCCAUCUCUCUGUGUGGAGUGCUGCUGCUGCUAUUGUGCACUCCCUUCGGGCUUUCCCGCAUGUUCAGUGUCACUGGGAGCCUACUGGUCAAACCACGGCUGUUGGAGAAUGUGGAGGUGGAGAUGAACUGUGCUGCGUUCGAGGAGGCUUCGCUCUCCAGGACACUCAACAGGGGUAGCACGGCAUGCUGGGUCAGUGUGAACGUGGAGCCUUUGAGGAAGCAGUUCCUCGGCGUCCAGGCCAAACGAAUCGCCCUCGAGAUGCGUAGGAGAGCGUCACCAUGGCAGCGGAACCUGUUCUACCCUCUGGCCAUGCUGCUGCUCCUAGCUCUAACGGUGGCCUGUGUGUUGAUGGUUUGUUUCCAUGUUCUGGAGCUCCUGUUCGACGAGACGGCCAUGCCUAGUGGAAUGGGGGACCCUCGCCUGGGGACGGCUUCCUUCUCCAUGUUUGGUUCUCUGGGAGCAGCAGUGCAGGUGGUCCUCAUCCUGUACCUGAUGGUGUCGUCUGUGGUGGGCUUCUACAGCUCUCCUCUCUUCACCUCCCUGCUGCCCCGUUCUCAGGACACCAACCUCACACAGAUCAUUGGGAACUGUGUGUCUCUUCUGGUCCUCAGCUCAGCACUGCCGGUCUUCUCUCGCACUCUGGGGAUCACACGCUUUGACCUGCUGGGAGACUUUGGGAGGUAUAACUGGCUGGGGAACUUCCACAUAGUGUUCCUGUACAACAUUCUGUUUGCUGGACUCACCUCUGCCUGCCUCAUCAACACACUCACCUGGGCUGUGCAGAGAGAACUCAUGCGUGCCUUUGGUCUCCACAAGCUUCCUCUGACAGUGUCCCGCACAACCAUCCCCCUCAAGCUCCUCCUGGCAAAUGGCCUGUCAAAGAUCCAGUGACUGACAUUCCCUUGACCAAUCAACCGUGAUCUUUAAUCCCGACCGGGACCUGAGCCCCCUGGAUAGCAUUCCCAUUGGACCAAAGGCACCUUGUCUUCAGUCCUCCAGUCAAUCUGUGUCUGGAUCACCAAAAUGAAGAGACCGGAGUGGAGGAUUAGAAGUGCAGUUUGGACAAUGACGCAGUAGAGCUCUGCUCACUGACCAACAGAAGUUGACUGGGGAACCAACUUAAACAGUCUCGCUUUUUGACUACAGUACUGGGGUUCUAUUGAAAUCACUGUGUGUGGUAAUCUGAGACGAAAAUGAUAAAUCCUGGAACCUCUAAAAUAUUCUAGAACUGAAGAAGGUUCUGGAACUGAAAAAGGGAUCUUAUCAGGGUUUUUGGGUCAUGGCUAGAAGGGAUUCAACUUAUGUCAGAUAUUACUUUUCGUAGCAGGUUAGGAGAAUUGGGUUAAGGUUAGGAGAAGGGUUGGGGUUAGUUAAAAUGUAAAAAGAAAAAAUUGGCUUUUGAUGUUAAUUUGAGAAAAGCUGUGUCCCUUCUAGCCAUGACCGGGUUCUUGUUGACCUUGUGACAUCAUACAGUACAUCCUGGAUGUCCUAAUGCCUUAUGAGAAACUCACAAUGGGUUCGAGAGGUGGAGGUGGGACCGACUUACUUUUCUCUUUGGACACGCACGUGUAAAAGUCAGCAAAUCUAUUUUGGAACAUUACGUUGCAACUGACAUUUCCUUUUCCUGAUCAGGGGUUGAGCGGUUGAGUCCUCUCUCUGCCUCCCCUCUCCCCACGCCUUCCUCUCUCUCUCUCGCUCUCUCGCUCUCUCAAGACUACUAUUUCUGGGCCUCACUCCUUUGAAUCCCACUUCCAUGUCUUUUUAAGACUCCUUGUCUGUCUGUGUAAUGGUGUGUUCGCUAAUGAGAGGAUGUUUUUAAACCUGGGUAUUUUACAUGCCUUGACCUUCACAUAGUGGAGGAAGAGAAGGGGACAGGACAGGGUUGUGUUCAUUAAGUUUACGGUUAAAACAUUUUUACAACAAAAAAAUUAGCAUUUCAGUUCUCUUCCAGUUGGUGCCUGACGAACACAACCCAGGAUUUGUUUUAAAUUGAUAACAUGGAAUUGGUGAACAAAAGAUACCUGAACACAAAGGGGAAAAUAGGAAAGGGAGGUUGUUAUUGGUUGUAUAAUGGCAUUUCUGUUCCCUUUAAAAAAAAUAAGCAUUAAGGAGCUUCCUUAAUGACACCUUAGUAACACUCACUUGUGUGUCCUGUCUUGGACCAAUCAUACUGUGAAUUGUUUGUUAAUGUUCAAGUGCAAUACUGUUUACGCUCCACUGCCAAUUCCAAUGACGUGUUUUUCCUUAACUUUUAUAUUAGAAUAUUAGAAUAAUAGAAAUGGAUGAUCUCUAGCGUUUUCAUUUUUUAGAUCUCUUUAUAGUGAUCCUGUCAUGCUUUUCCUUUGCUGUAUCAGCAUGCAUGUUAAGUUGUUUUAAUUGUCUAACGGCUAAUAAUAACAAUCAGUUCUGUUCUGUCGCCAGCAGGGGGCAGGGUCUCCCAAACUCAACGGCAGCCUUCUGAAAGUUCCCCUGAGGUUCCGUCAGAGAACCUUCUAUCCUUAGGGCAAUGGUUCUGUUUGGUCAGUCAUUGCACAUAGCGUUUACUCAUUUCAUGUCGCGUAACAAGUCUUUCGAAUCUAUUGUUUGGGGAGCAAACAAUGUUUUUUAUGGUUUACUUUUAGUGCUCUAAAAUGUUUUGAUGUUGUAAAAUGUAUAUAUUUUUUUUAUGAGCUGUGGAGAAAGGACAAAAGUAUUACAUUUUUCUAUACAUAAA